GCGCCGCCGCCGCCCUUCUGGUCCGAGCCGCCCCUGGCCCUGCGCCGCCCGCUGGCUCUCGCCUACGACCACGGCGGCCCCCGCUGGACGCAGCCCAGAGGCUUCGCGAACAGCAGCGCCGCGCCGGCUUGUCCCGAAACCAAGUCCGACACGCGCUUGUGCGCCGUGUGUCACGACUACGCGUCGGGCUACCACUACGGCGUUUGGUCCUGCGAGGGCUGCAAGGCUUUCUUCAAGAGGAGCAUUCAAGGACACAACGACUACAUCUGCCCCGCCACCAACCAGUGCACCAUCGACAAGAACCGCCGCAAAAGCUGCCAGGCCUGCCGCCUGCGCAAAUGCUACCAAGUGGGCAUGAUGAAGUGCGGCGUGAGGCGCGAGCGCCGCGGCUUCCGCCAGCAGCGCCGGGGGCGGGGGCGUCACCUCCGAGCGGAGGCGCCCGCCGCGGGCCAGAGCGCCGAGGACUUUGUCCUGCGCAUCAUGGAGGCGGAGCCGCCCGCCAUCUACCUGAUGGAGGAGCAGAAGAAGCCCUUCACCGAGGCCGGCGUGAUGAUGUCGCUCACCGGCCUGGCCGACAAGGAGCUCGUCCUCAUGAUCGGUUGGGCCAAGAAGAUCCCGGGCUUCGUGGAGCUGAGUCUGUCCGACCAGAUCCAGCUGCUGAAAUGCUGCUGGUUGGAGGUCCUCAUGCUGGGCCUGAUGUGGCGAUCGGUCGACCAUCCCGGGAAGCUCGUCUUCUCGCCCGACUUCAAGCUCAACAGGGAGGAGGGCGAGUGCGUGGAGGGCAUCGUGGAGAUCUUCGACAUGCUGCUGGCGGCCACGGCCAGAUUCCGAGAGCUCAAACUGCAACGGGAGGAAUACGUCUGCCUCAAGGCCAUGAUCCUCCUCAACUCAAACGUUUGCACGAGUUCCCCGCAGACGUCGGAACAGUGGGCCAGCAGGAAGAAGCUCCUGCGGCUUCUGGACCGCGUGAUCGACGCGCUGGUUUGGGCCAUCUCCAAGAGCGGCCUCAGCGGCCGGCAGCAGACGCUGAGACUGGGACACCUCACCACGCUCCUCUCGCACAUUCGACACGUCAGCAACAAGGGCAUGGAGCACCUGUGCAGCAUGAAGCGCAAGAAGGUGGUGCUGGUCUUCGUCCCCGCGGAGGCGUGGAUGUUGGAUUCGGGACCCCGGGGCCCUUCUUCGGACUUCGGCCUUCCCGCCGGCAUCGCCGCGGAAACUUCUCUGAGCGGCGGACUGGACUGA